UAUGGAAGAAGAAAUACAGAUUUCAUUACAACAAAAUAUUAAAAAUUCAAUUUCGAAGAAAUGAUUCCAGAACAAUGGGCGCCUCCAUGCAACUCUCAAUGCACCCACAAAUACGCUUCUCUCGUUCAAAUUCCAUGGAGAGUAUUCUGCAAAAAGGGAUGUGAUGCUGAUGGUGACACAUGGGACGAAUGUGUGGGAGAGUGCGACGAGAUAUGCUACAAAGACCCUGUCCUCAAGGACAAGCAGUGGAGCGCCUAUAUUGAUCGUUCCCCUGGUUCUGUCACCUACUCAGAGGAAUGCUUUCGUGCUUGCGUAUCUGGCUGCAGUUACAAGUUCGAUGUUCCUGAAGAGAAACUCAAAGAAGUUCAUGCAAGACCAACAAAGCCUCCACCGAUGCCACCUGCUGCUGAGUCCAGACCCACUCCCGUAUCCAUUCGUGUAGGAGAUGAGGUUUUGAGCACUUCUGCAUAAGCAUAACUGGACAACAAUGCUGUUUUGAUUCUUCACUGGAAAUAUCUCAACAAGGCGUCAGACAUUAAAAGUAACAUUGCUUAGGUCAAAUUUGUGGCCUUGCAGCCUUGUUGAAGUUAGUAGUUAGGUUGAACAGUUUCGCAAUUUUCUGGGAAUAUUUAUGAUGAUGACAAGUUUUAGGGCUAA